CCCCUUAUUACGCAGACGUGCGUACAAAAACACACUGCGCGUGCUCCACUUGAAGUCUGGCAAGGAAUGUGAAAUGAGGUCACCUGUCACCUGCCCCGAAGGGUUUCCGAACGUCACGAAACCACCGUCGGGAUGAGUGACGUGUCGCACGUGAUUUCCAGGAAUCUGAACGUGCCCCGAUCACAGAGGAGCGUUUGUGCUCAACAGGCUCUUGUGUAGGACACAGCGGGACCAGAAACGUCAACAACAACAACAGCCACAACAACUGGGGUUGGGCGAGUGAAUGAAACGUCGCGAGUUCGGCUAUCUUGGGGUUGCAAGUGUGAACUGGGCAAGAGCUGGACUGGGUAGGAGUCGUGGGGAGUUGGUGGUGAGGAGAGACGGGGCAGCAUCAUGCACCAGUGGAGGAGCAUUCUGGUGCUGGGUGGAAUGAUCCUCGUGUUGGUGAACACCAGGUAUGGAUGGAUUCGGGACACAAAGUGGCAAUACUCACAAACUCAUCGCGGAAACAACAGCGGCAAAGCCUUCCUGAAAGCACCGGCACUGUCGCAGCUGGCAGAGUGGAGACGUCUCGCGACGUCGCCCGCGGUGACUCCAUUCUGCGUGGAUGUUCUCUGCAGGUGUGUUAUGCACUGCAGGAGCUGUCAGCCGGUGACUCCAUUCUGCGUGGAUGUUCUCUGCAGGUGUGUUAUGCACUGGAGGAGCUGUCAGCCGGUGACUCCAUUCUGCGUGGAUGUUCUCUGCAGGUGUGUUAUGCACUGCAGGAGCUGUCAGCCGGUGACUCCAUUCUGCGUGGAUGUUCUCUGCAGGUGUGUUAUGCACUGCAGGAGCUGUCAGCCGGUGACUCCAUUCUGCGUGGAUGUUCUCUGCAGGUGUGUUAUGCACUGGAGGAGCUGUCAGCCGGUGACUCCAUUCUGCGUGGAUGUUCUCUGCAGGUGUGUUAUGCACUGCAGGAGCUGUCAGCCGGUGACUCCAUUCUGCGUGGAUGUUCUCUGCAGGUGUGUUAUGCACUGCAGGAGCUGUCAGCCGGUGACUCCAUUCUGCGUGGAUGUUCCCUGCAGGUGUGUUAUGCACUGCAGGAGCUGUCAGCCGGUGACUCCAUUCUGCGUGGAUGUUCUCUGCAGGUGUGUUAUGCACUGCAGGAGCUGUCAGCCGGUGACUCCAUUCUGCGUGGAUGUUCUCUGCAGGUGUGUUAUGCACUGCAGGAGCUGUCAGCCGGUGACUCCAUUCUGCGUGGAUGUUCUCUGCAGGUGUGUUAUGCACUGCAGGAGCUGUCAGCCGCCACAGAGUGUGGAAAUGGAUUCUACAAAUCGCCACAAGGAGUCUGCUGUGAGCUGUGUCGUGCAGGGAUGCACAAAGUGGCGGACUGCAUCGGUGAUGGAAUGGGCGCCUUGUGUGAGCCGUGCCCUAGAGGCAGAUUCAUGGACAGGGACAGCCAGGAGGAGGUGUGCUCGCAAUGCAGCAGCUGUGGACCAGGCGAGGAGGUGGCUGUGAACUGCUCCGUGGCCCAGGACACGGUGUGUCGGUGCACGGAGGGGCUCCAGAGAGACGACGAUUUGGGAUUUUGCCUGCCAGAGGAUCCACGCUCAGACGCCACGUCAGUCGUGUUGGCGGCAGUCCUCAUCGUCGUCCUGACUGCACUCGUGUUGCUCAUAGUUUACUUCAACAUGAAGCAGAAGGGGUUGACUUUAAAAACGAUGGUGAAGCGAUCAGACACUACUCAUACAAAUAACGAGCAUGAUGAAAAUCUACCGCUUGUUAUCGUGCAAAAUGAACACAAGGUGCCAUAUGGAGUUCAGAGGAGCAAUGAGAGCAGCGAGACAAUGCAGCAGAUCCGAGAGAACAAAGAGAAUCUCAAGGCCUGGAUCGGAGCGGAUCCCUCGGCUUUCCUGGAGCAUCUCAACGGCUUCAAAUUGAUUCCACGACACGUGCACCAAGCGGCCGUCGACAAGGGCGGAGAGGAGAGUGUGGAGCUCGUUCUGGACCACUUCAUCAGCCAGGGAGAGGCGUGCUGUGAGAAGCUGUGGGAUGCCCUCUACUCUGUGAGGAAGCAAUACGUGCAGCUGUGGAAGUGGAUUCAGACACACGGUGAGGCGUUGAGGGCCAUUCGAGAUAAGGAGUCGGAUCUGAAGCUCUGGAUCGCCAGAGACCCCAAGCAUCUUCUGCUGCAGCUGAUGAGCCGGGGACGGAUCCCGAACGAGCUCUUCACUGAAGCCAAGGGCAUCCGGGAUGGCGUGGAGUGUGCGGAGCUUCUGCUCAACUUCUUCAAAGAGAGAGGGAAUGACGACUGCCUCAAGCUGCUCUUUGCUCUGCAGGCCGUGCAGAACGAGUAUCCUGGACUCAAGGAGUGGCUGGGAGGCCUUGACUUCCUCCGGAGACUCUCCAACAAGUCCCCCCUGGUUCUGAACAAGUACAGCGACUUUGUCCUCCGAGACAAAAUCCGCUUCAAGACGAGAGAGCUGCUCAGGGCACUGCACGACGACCUGACGCCUCUGCUCUCCCAACUGCAGAUCAGGAACAUCCUCACCGACAACAGCGUGCGGGCCGUGAAGGAGAUGCAAGCUCGGCAAGGCAGCGAGAAGGCGACACAGCACAUGGUGGAGCUGGUGAUGGCGAGGGGGCGACCCAGGGUCAAGCAGUUCUGGGAGGCGCUGUGGGACCUCAGGGAAAGUUACCCAGACCUGGAGAACGUCUUUGAGAAGUUCUAAUGGGUGGAACCGGAGAGAGAGAGGGGAAGACCUAACGGAGAAUGGCUUGACGAUGACCUCAUAACGAGAUUGGUGCCAGAAAGAUGAUGCGGCCACUACUUUAGCAUAUUGGCACGACAAGACAGAGAGAGAGGAAAGUGGAAACAAACCACCACCUACGACUAUGGGGAUAUCUGCCAUAUGGAUCGUGAUGAUGAUGAAUGGUGCGUGGGGGGUAGUUGUGGUCCAGUGGUUAUUGCACUGCACAAAUCACGGUGGCUAGGAUAUGUUAAUUACCCUGCCCCGUAUACAGGACGGGAGGUCGUGGGUUCGAUCGCGACCCAGACGCCUGCUGUUUAUUUUGAGUUUGCAACAUCUCUCUCCCCGUGGUCACGUGGAUUUUCAUCCAAGUCGUCCUCUUUUCCCUUCCGCAUGAAGAAUCAACGUGACGCGUUUAGAAUAUUUUGCUGCCAUAAAAUUCCACGUGAUGAUGUUGACAGGAAUUCGUUGAGCUAUCGUUUCGGAUAGCCAUGUCGCUUCUGAAUAAGAGCUACUGUAUAGCUCAUUGGGCCUGUACUGGAAAGAUAACUCAAAUAUAUAUUUUUUUAUCAUUUAUGAACCCAACUGCUCUGUCUGCUUCUUCCCUGGCACCGCUCCGCUUUGUAAUUCCCUCCCGUCGUGUCAAGUUUUUGUAACAACCCUUGCCCAAUUCAAGAAAGGUAUUGUCCAUUGACAGCCACGCAGAGGAAUGUGCAUGAAUGCCGUGGGGGGGGGGGGGGGGUGUUUAGUCAACGAGACCAAAUUAAUCGGUCCUAUUCAUUAAGAUUACAAACAUUCAUCAAUGGUUAAUUUAAGUUACGGUCGGCUUAUUUUAACUUUGUUUUAUUCAUUUAUAAAUAGCAUGACGAUACAUAUCAUAAUUAUUUAAUCACGGGCCAAGCAAGGUGUAUUCACUUGCAUUAGAUCGCUGCCACUUCCAGAGCAGAUCACUUUGCCAGGCUCCCUCACUACCAGGCCGGGGAUGCCUGAUAUGGCCAUGGUCGCCAUUUAACAAAAAAAUGGCCGCGAGUUAUCAACUCCGAAAAACAUUCGUAGAAGAUUACAAUUCUUAAUUCUAUAUUUGAAGCUUUCGUGACUGCUAGGAUCCAUAUUCUUUGGUUCUAU